AUGAAUCGAGUGCUGAAGUACUGUAAUGAAUUACAAAAAGAAUAUGAAGUUAAUGAUGUCAAUUCAGCCAAGGCCACUGCUUAUCGUCACAAACUUCUUCGAAUCCUUCGUCAAGUAGAGGAAGAUGUUGAUAGUCGGAAGGCUUUACUCUACUAUUGGAAAUGCGCGUAUUACAACCCUUUACAGGAUAUGCGAGGAGCUCAUGACAAUGUAUGGUUUGCUAUGAUGAUCAAUGUGUUCAAAGGGGAAAUACAUUCUCAGUUGGCAACUGAUACUAGACAUGCUGCUCUUUACAACCUUUUCCUUGGUGAUUUAGUCAGAUAUUCUGCUAAUCCAAAGGAAAAAAACUCAACUAUUACUCUGGCUAGAUUGCAUUAUAAGAAAGCAAUUGAAGCGAAUCCUGACCUAGGACAAGCAUAUAAUCAACUAGCCCUUCUGGAGAAUUCUCAUCUUUCAUCUAUCAGAUAUUUUAUUUUAUCAUUGAGCGCCGGAAACCCGUUCCGCACUUCCUUAGAGAAUUUGAAGAAGAAACUACAGGAAAAAACAGAGCCCCACCUCUUAGUAACUGUUAAGAGUCUAUUGUCUUGGAUUUUCAUAUAUCAUGGCUCAAAUAUCGAUAAGAUUGAAGAGGAGCUACGAAAUAUAGUGGUUGAGUCAGAUGAUCCUCUGCUCUUAAAAAAUCUUCCACUAGCUCUCAACACUUUAGUUUUGGUCAGUAACAUUGCAGAGGAGUACAACAACUGCUUUCUCAAGCUUUCGGCUUGUCUGUGCGACAUAUUGAUGCUCUUGCUUGGUAAAGUUGUCACAUAUGAGGAAGAGGAAGAAGUUUGUGUUUCGAGAAGAAGACGAGAUCAGACUUCCGAUGAUGAAGAUUCAAGUUCUGAAGAGGAGAAGGAAGACGGCGAAAAAACAGAUGAUGACGACUCCUCUUCAACCAGGGAUGUAGACAAAAAAGGAAACGUCUGGCCACUUUCCGUGUCUUGUGAAUGGCUCUUAAUAGUUUAUGCUAAUUUAGAGAAGUUGAAGGAAAAAGAUGUACCUAUCCCUGCUGCUUUUUCGAAUGCUUUAGAUCAAUUCCUUAAUAGGUUAAUGGAAAAACUGAAUAACCUCAUUAAAGUUCUGAAUAUAAGUAUCGAAGAAGAGUUCGAAGAGACUGAAUGGCUUCUUAAUGGGCCCGUGUUAGGUUUAGGAGAAAACGCAGCCCGUUGUUUGAGACAAGUGUCAUACUGGGCGGCAAUUUUGUCAGCUUCGGACCUCUCCCCUGUUGAAUUUGUUGGAUAUUUUCGACGCAAACGACAAGGAUCUGGUAAACAAGAUGUCUUCCGAAAAAUGGCUGAGUUACGAAUAAAGGAAUCAGUCAAGGCGACUGUCGACAACGAAUGGCUUCCUCUCUAUAUUGUUUUGGAUUAUAAUGUUCUCAUUGACCAUCUUCCAACACUUCGGAAAUUUUUGAAAGCGCAUAUGCUCAUUGCCAUCUUGCCAUCUUUUGUUCUGGCACAUCUCGACAAAAUGAAGGGGACAAGUCCUAAUAUAAGAGCAGCCAUGCGGUUUAUCGAGCAAAAUCAGAAGUCGGAUGAUUUGCGAGUAGAAAAGGCUAGUUCUCAUGAGGAAUGUUGUCGGCAACUCAUCGAAUCCGCAAAGAACACAGUGGGGCAAUUGAAGACGGUUGUCAGUUUAUUAGUCACUGAUAUUGAGAAAAAUCAUUCUCUGCGUAUAACAGGAGUCACUGUUUAUCAUAUCGAUAGUUUUCUGGAAAGAUGGAUGAAAACAGUGUCUAAUUCAUCAAGUUCUUAA